AAACUCACUCCAGAUCCGACAUGGCUUGCGGCUCGGGCUGCUGCGGACCGCCUUCUGAUGCUCUCCCCGACAAGGACACCUGCUCCGUGGAGCUUCCGAAGCCAGAGGGUCCUUGCUGUGAUGGCGAUGUGCCUGAUAGCCACGCUGAAGAGCUCGACAUUGUUGCUGGCUGCGAGGGGCUGAAGAACAACAAAUAUGAUGAACGGUCGUGCCAGGACUCGUGCUGCGGUGAAUCAGAAGACGAGCUGCAGGGUGAUAUGGCGUGCCAGAACGAGGAUGAGACCGCCAAUCUCGAGGACGACUGCUGCGCUCCCCAGCUCAGCUGCACCAAGGGCUGCUGCUUCAACGAAGAGAACAGGCCGUGUCCAGACGAUAUGUCAGAACCGGACUGCUGCGAAGGAAAAUCGUCUCCAUGCUGUGACCAAACCUGCCUCGACCGCCUCGCGCUCCGUGAAUGCGAGGGCCCUGAACCAGACUACGGCAGCACCGGCAAGUCUACCUCUAGCUGCAGUCGAGGCAGAAACGGUAGAUCAUGUGAAAGCCAUUCUCGCAAGAUUCGAGACUUGUACCUCGAGAAGCUUGAGGCUCUUGGAUGCAUCUGCCGAGCCCUCAUCGCCCUCGGCCAAGAAUCUUGCUGCAAUCCGCGGCGCCGUUCAACCGGAGCAAGUGUGAGAAGCUGCUCGGGCAAGGCAUCCUCGUCAAGUUCACGUCGUUCUGUCGAUUCGUGCUGUAUUAGUGGGCGGACUGAUGCAAACCGCUGCUCCUCGAAGAAGCCGGCUGCCCCAUACGGCAAAGGCAAGGAUACAGGCGAUUGCCAGGCUAAAGCGAAAGCCUCCCGCACCGCAAGCUCUUGUGUCGAUUCCUGCUGCGAUGGAAUCCAACCAAGCCUUUCUGUGAAGCAGUCUACCAGAGCCUUGUCUGAUACGGCGCGCGAAGUCGAUGUCGAAAAGACUGUAUUCUCUCACGAUAAAAAAGAACAUGUCAUCCUGAGCAUCUCGGGCAUGACCUGUACCGGUUGCGAGACGAAGCUGGUCCGCAGUCUCGGUACCCUCUCGUUCGUCAAGAAUCUGAAGACUAGCCUGGUCCUCUCGCGCGCUGAGUUUGACCUAGUCGGCCAUGGUGUCUCUGUGGAAGAAGUGACCAAGCACCUGGAGAGGACUACCGAGUUCAAGUGCGAAAGGAUCUCAUACAAAGGCUCCAGCCUGGAUAUUGUAGUUCCUGCUGGCGGCGCCGCUGCAUUUGUCAACCAGCCUUGGCCAGAGGGCGUUACCGAGAUGAAGGUCGUGGAUGAAAAGACUGUCAAUGUUUGCUUCAACGCCGAUAUUAUCGGUGCAAGAGAUCUCAUCGAAUCCGGUUGGGGAGACACUUCAUUUCAGCUCGGGACUACGCGCCUCGAUCCAUCACUCGAGGCUGGCAAGAGGCAUGUCCGUCACAAUGGCUACAUGACCUUGCUCUCCGCUGGCCUCACCAUCCCGGUCCUGAUCAUGGCCUGGGCCCCUCUUCCUGCGCAUGAAAUGGCAUACAGCUCAGCGUCGUUGGCCUUGGCAACCCUCGUCCAGUUCAUAGUCGCCGGUCCAUUCUAUCCAAAGGCCCUCAAAGCACUGCUCUUUUCGCGGGUCAUUGAAAUGGACCUCCUCAUCGUUCUCAGCACCAGCGCGGCUUACAUCUUCUCGGUCGUCUCGUUUGCGUACCUGGCUUCGGGCCACCCCCUUUCGACUGGUCAAUUCUUCGAGACCAGCACUCUCCUGGUGACUCUCAUCAUGGUUGGCCGCUGGGUGGCCACCCUGGCUCGCCAAAAGGCAGUGGAAUCCAUCUCGAUUCGGUCUCUGCAGGAUCCAACAGCCGUCAUUGUGACUGAUGAGGGCGACAAGGAGAUUGAUGCCCGUCUCCUUCAGUAUGGAGACGUACUGAAAGUCGCCCCUGAUACGAGGAUUCCAACCGAUGGCACCGUCAUAUCUGGUUCGUCUGAAGUUGACGAAUCCAUGAUGACCGGGGAGUCCAUGCCCGUCGAGAAACAUGCCGGAUCUUCAGUCAUUGCCGGAACCGUCAAUGGCUCGGGCAUGUUACACGUUCGGCUGACGCGCCUCCCUGGCGACAACACAAUCAGCACUGUCGCCGGCAUGGUAGACGAGGCGAAACUGUCGAAACCAAAGAUUCAAGCCGUAGCCGAUCGUGUUGCGAGCUACUUCGUCCCUGUCGUGGUCGCCAUUACGAUUGCCGUGUUUUGUAUCUGGAUCGCCGUUGGCAUCAUGGUCCGGGAGCUGCCUGGAAACGAGGCAGCGAUUCAAGCAGUCACCUAUGCAAUCACCGUCCUGAUAGUGUCCUGUCCCUGCGCCAUUGGUUUGGCAGUCCCCAUGGUGGUGGUCAUUGCUAGCGGCGUCGCAGCCGAACGAGGCGUUGUCUUCAAGUCGGCAGAAAGCCUCGAGGUCGCGUAUAAGGCAUCGCACGUUGUCUUUGACAAGACUGGAACCAUAACGGAGGGCAGAUUGAAAGUGGUGCAAGAAUGGUAUGCCGACGGUGACCAGAAUAGUACAAAGUCGCUGCUUCUCGGCCUUGUAGAGAGCAUCAAGCACCCAGCGUCUGCUGCGAUGGCGUCGCAUCUAAAGGACCAGGGCGUAUCACCUGCGUCUGUAUCCAACGCCAAGGCAUUGACGGGCAAGGGCGUUGAAGGAGUGGCAGACGGAGCCGGAACAGCUCUUAGGGCAGGCAACUCACGCUGGCUUUGCCUCGAGUCUCACCCGACCGCGCAAUCAAUGCUGUCUGAUGGAUAUACGGUCCUGGGCUUCACCAUGGGCGGUUCUGUCGCUGCCAUCUUUGGCCUCCAGGACUCGAUUCGAUCUGACGCUGCCUCUACGGUACAGACUCUGCUUUUUAACGGCAUAUCGGUCCACAUCCUGUCAGGCGACGAUGACGGCGCCGUACGCUCUGUCGCAACCCAGUUGGGAAUCACAGAGGCAAACGUCCGUUCCCGCUGCACGCCCGCCGACAAGCAAGCCUACAUCCAGGCCCUCCUCCAAGGCCCUACCAGCCCAGAACAGCCCAGCAAAGCCAACAAGGCCAAGCAGCCCGUCGUCAUCUUCUGCGGCGACGGAUCCAACGACGCAGCCGCCCUCGCCCAGGCCACCAUCGGCAUCCACAUGAACGACCAAGGCACCGAGGUCGCCCAAUCCGCGGCUGAUGUCGUGCUCAUGCGCCCCAGCCUCGCGGGCGUCCUGACCGUCAUCGCGGCGAGCAAGAAGUCGAUGCGGAGAAUCGCGUUCAACUUUGGCUGGAGCUUCGUGUACAACCUGUUUGCUGUCCUGCUUGCCGCGGGGGCGUUUGUCGAUGCGCGGAUCCCGCCCGAGUAUGCGGGCUUGGGCGAGCUCGUUAGCGUUUUGCCUGUGAUUGCUGCGGCUACGUUGUUGAGGUGGUCUCGGAUCUAGAGGGGGGCUUGAUGAGCUGCAUGGAUAGGAGAGGGGAGCUUGUGGUGCCGAGGUGAUGGGCACAUCUCCCAACAGUAUCAUGAAGGGGUGAUCUCACUGUCUUUGAAAACGCCUGCAUGAUCUGUUGUCUUUUCAUUCUCUGCACUACUUUGACGCUUCGGUUUGAAAACCAAACGAACAUCUCGCAUACUGGCAAUCCGAUCAAGGGGCGUAGAUACU